ACCUGGGUCACCGCAAACGUGGUCGAUGACUGAAGAGUGGGCACAGUGGGCCAUGCCAUUGCGAACUCACCGUUGGGUCAGCUGAUGCUGCCGGACAUCAAACUCUCAGCGCGACAUGAUCGCUCUGCAGAGACCACGUCAGCCACCUUGGAGACCUUUGAGCAGUCGCUACAAGCCAGGUCGGCCAGAAGUACUGGAGCCCGCCGCAGCAAGGGGCGCAUUGCUAGUACUCUGGAGAAAUGGUUGGAGUCUGUGCGCCGCGCUGCGCCCUUAGCAGCUGGGAGCUUCGAACGUCUCUACGUGCAGCAGGAGGCUUUAGCUUGGCUGUGCGACUUGCUCCCAACUUACCGGCCUUUCUUGGACGGAGUCCUCGAGGAGCUCACUGUUACGCUGAAGCAUUUGGAGGACCGCUCCACGGAGAAUCAGAAACUCAAGUCCCAGUUGCGCCACGUGUCGGGGCAGCUGCAGACACAGCAGUUGCUGCAUGAGUUGCAGCUGGCGGAAGCGUGGUCUGUGGCACGCACGGCGCAGCAAACGCCCAGCCCUGAGCGGCCUGAGCGGGCCGGGAGUCCGAAGAAGGAGGCGUUUUUUGCGACAGGGAGACGUGGAACCUGGUGAUCAGGGUGGAUUUGACCAGAGAAUGGCCCAGAAAAAUCGGCGUUUCACCAGUUUCACCCACAACAA